CCGAGGGGCGGGGCUAAGCGCGCUCCGUUAACUCCCGCCCUCUUCCGCUCACUGACCAAUCAGAUCACGCCAAAUAGAAAACACGGAAACGACACAAAAACAUCACAAUCUGCCCCGUGUCCCGUGAAAUACCGACAACCCCACCGCCCCACCGUCCUACAACCCCACCGUCCACGGGGUCAUCUGACCGUCCCCGGUUGUGUGUUUCCGUCCCCGGGGUCAGGACCGUGAUGUCUGCGGGCUCCGUGGGGCCUCUUCUCGCCUCGGAGCGCUACGGGAGCGCGGGGGUGUGGAGUUACCGGGCGGAGGGAGCGGAGAUCCGGAGACAGAGAGACGGACCCGGGGGACACACGGGGACCGGCCUCCGCGACAUCUUCAAAAGCGUGUUCCUGCCUCAGGGUUUUCCAGAGAGCGUCAGCGCCGACUAUCUCCAGUACCAACUGUGGGACACUGCACAGGCUUUCUGUUCUUCUCUGUCGGGGACGUUGGCGACUCAGGCGUCGCUCAAAGGAGUCGGAGUCGGAAACCAGGAGGCGACAGUCGCAGCGGCAACAACAACCUGGAUCCUCCGAGACGGCUCGGGGAUGUUGGGGAGGAUCCUGUUUGCCUGGAGUAAAGGAACCAAACUCGACUCUGAGGCCAAGAGAUGGAGACUCUUCGCAGACGUUCUGAACGACGUGGCGAUGUUCAUGGAGAUCCUGGCUCCGUUUUUCCCGUCGUUCCUCGCCAUCGUUUGCACGGCCGGAGUCUUCAAGUCGAUCGUCGGCGUCGCCGGAGGAGCGACUCGCGCCGCCCUGACCGUCCACCAGGCCCGACGAGACAACAUGGCCGACAUCUCUGCCAAAGACGGGAGCCAGGAGACCUUGGUGAACUUGGCUGGGCUCCUGGUCAGUUUGCUCCUCAUUCCUCUCGUCACAGAAAACGCUCCGUUGACGCUCUUCCUCUUCGCGCUCUUCACCUUCCUCCAUCUCGUGUCCAACUUCAAAGCCGUCCGCGCCGUCGUCAUGGAAACGUUCAACGAAGCUCGACUCGACCUCGUCUGGAGAAACUUCGUCCAAAACGGCCAAAUCCUGACGCCGCGACGCGCCAACGAGAGAGAACCCGUCUGCAACUGGUUCGUUGGUUCUGUUCCGGUUCUGUUGGGAGUUCGGCUGCAGGAUCUCGUCCACAGUCCAGAGGAGUUUGAGCGAGUGACCAGACGGGGGCAGGAGAGACGCUUCCUCAUCGGGGUCAGAAACGGAUUCUUGGAUCUUUUGGACCAAAGUGAAAAACUUGUGGAGAAACAUUUUGACUCUUUUAUGAAAUCUCUGGAUGAGACCGAGUGGGACACGAGCAGAAACCAGUUGAACUGGGACGAGUGGAGGAUCCAGAUCAAAUCCAAAUCAAACUGAACCGGGGCCUUUGUCUGACCCGACCGACCCGACUGACCCGAUGGACCCGACCGACCCGAUGGACCGGACUGACCCGACUGACCCGACCGACCCGACCGACCUGAUGGACCGGACUGACCCGAUGGACCGGACUGGCCCGACCGACCACGUUUGACCUUUGACCAAAGUUUCUAAUUUUUUAAAAGUUAAAUGAAUUUUUGUUUGAGCCAGUUUUCCUUUGGGGUUUUUUUGGAAUUUCAUAUUAAAAAUAAAAUAAAAUGUAGAAUCGUCA